CCGAGGUUUGAGUUUCCACCACAAUGAAAUCGGUACUAAUAACAGGAGCGAACCGCGGACUAGGACUCGGGAUGGUGAAAUUUCUCACUAAAAACACUAAAGUCGAAAAUAUCUUCGCAACAUGUCGCAACGUUUCCGAGGAACUUAAAAAUAUAUCGGAAACAAAUAAAAAUGUUCAUAUUCUUCAUUUAGAGGCGGCAGAUGUGGCAAGUUUCGAUAAUUUAUUUCCCCAAAUUUCUAAAGUCACAGGAGACCAAGGUUUAAAUUUACUCAUAAACAACGCCGGCACGUCUACAAAAUUCACAAAACUGAAUUUAGUAAAACCAGAGCAGUUGUUGAGUAAUCUGACAAUUAAUACUAUUGCUCCGAUUAUACUUACCAAGAGUCUUCUUCCUCUUUUAAAACAAGCAGCUCAAAAUAACAGCGACAAACCAGUCGGGGUGGGCCGCGCUGUGGUCAUCAAUAUGAGCUCUGUGCUAGGUUCCAUUGCACAGAACGACGUCGGCGGAUUUUAUGCUUACCGAUGCUCGAAGGCCGCAUUGAACGCAGCUACGAAAUCAAUGAGCAUUGACCUCAAGAAGGAUCACAUACUCGUCGCUUCGAUGCACCCGGGCUGGGUGAGAACGGACAUGGGCGGGAAAAAGGCACCGCUAGAUGUCGACACUAGUGUCGCUGGCAUGUUCAGUACUAUCCAAAAACUCACAGAGGCGGACAGCGGGAAAUUUCUACAGUACGACGGCUCAGAGUUGCCAUGGUAACACAAAUAAAGCAAACAAAUUCACAAAAUAAACAGAUUAAAAACUAUAAAACUGUAGUGCUAUUUUUGGGUUAAAUAUAUAUUUUUUAUUUCAUAAUAA